GAGACUUGGCUCAAAAGAGGAAUCAUUAACAUCAGGUUACAACUGCAGGAGACUUGGCUGAACAGAGGAAUCAUUACCAUCAGGACAGAACCAUCAGGUCAGAACUGCUGAAGACUUGGCUGAAAAGAAGAAUCGUUACCAUCAGGUCAGAACUGCUGAAGACUUGGCUGAAAAGAAGAAUCGUUACCAUCAGGUUACAACUGCAGGAGACUUGGCUGAACAGAGGAAUCGUUAUCAUCAGGUCAGAACUGCAGAGGACUCGGCUGAAAAGAGGAAUCGUCCUGAAGCUGCAAACAGUAGCUCUCCUGGCUACAACUACAACUGAUCCUUUUACUAUCAGAACCUGGAUGAAUGAGAUUCUUCAGAGGCGCCUCAUCGCAACUCGCACUGAACAUGGAUGCCAUGAAGGAAGAGGACAUCUAUGCCUUUUUACCAGAGCAUUUGUCUACAGACACCAAAUAUAGUGGCACUUGUAGAGGUACUACACCAAUCUGCAAAGAAGAACCAUGUUUAUCCCAUGAACUUGAAGGAGGGGAGAAGCCUCAUGUCACAAAAUGUUGUGGUGAUGAGAGAACUUCUACAACUCAGCCAUCAACUCCAUCACAACAGGCAAUACCUGUGAAGGUGAUUAAAGAAGAGGAUAUUUAUGAUUUCCUCCCGGAGUAUUUGUACAGAACAAAGGAGGAAGAGAAUGAAACUGGCACAUCGUACAUGAAAGAAGAAGCCCUGGGCGUGAAAAGAGAAACAGAGUCUUCUCUAAUGGAAUACAAUGGAGACAUGGCCCUAAUAGAUGAACACCAGACAGCUUCUACUAGCACAGACCAUCAACAGUGUGCCACAUCUGAAAAGAGGUUCGAAGCAGAACAGCACCAGAGAACCCAUGCACCAGGAACCCCAUUCAAAUGUGCCACAUGUGGGAAAGGAUUUACACAUAAGGGUAAUCUCAACACCCAUCAGAGAACCCAUACUGGAGAAAGGCCUUACCAGUGUGAUAUGUGUGGGAAAAGCUUCAUAAAAAGCUGUAAUCUCAUUUCCCAUCAGAGGAUCCACACUGGAGAAAGGCCUUUCCAGUGUACUACAUGUGGAAAAGGUUUUAAACGGAAAAGUGACCUCAUCACCCAUCAGAGAACCCAUACUGGAGAAAGGCCUUACCAGUGUGCUACAUGUGGAAAAGGCUUUACAGAGAAAGGUCACCUCAUCAGGCACCAGAGAAUCCAUACUGGAGAAAGGCCUUACCAGUGUGCUACAUGUGGGAAAGGCUUUACAACUAUACGUGACCUCACCAUCCAUCAGAGAACCCAUACUGGAGAUAAACCAUAUCAAUGUUCAACAUGCGGAGCAGCCUUUUCACAACUCUUCUCUUUGGCUUAUCACCAGAAAACCCACACUGGAGAAAGGCCUUACCAGUGUGCUACAUGUGGAAAAGGAUUUAAACAGAAAUGUGACCUUAUCACCCAUCAGAGAAUCCAUACUGGAGAAGGGCCUCACCAGUGUGCUACAUGUGGAAAAGGCUUCACACAAAACUGUGCUCUCAUUUCCCAUCAGAGGAUCCAUACUGGAGAAAGGCCUUACCAGUGUGCUACAUGUGGAAAAGGCUUUACACAGAGAGGCCAUCUCAUUGAGGAUACAUCUCAUUGA